AUGAUUUAAAAUUUUGAUUUAAAAGCUGAAAUACAGAAACAUCAAUUAAAGCACUCUUUAUUAUUAGAGGUAUUAGUUAAUAAUGAGAAAAACAUCUAACCAUAAAAAUUUUUAGAAGUAACCUACUUUUGAAAUAUUUAAAGAUCAUUCAGAAUUAUAAUAAUUCUCAGAUAGAUGAUCUCAAAUUUAUUAAGUUGUAUAAUGAAUACCUUUACACAAAUGAACUGUCUAUAUAAGAUUCAUAUAUAGUGUAUAAUGAAGUCGUUCAUAAAAACUUUGAUAAAAUUGAAUUAUAAGUUAUAAAGAUAGUAAAUAUACUAUCAUUGAUACAUCAAUAAAUAAACCUAAAGAUAAAAUAUUUAGAAUAAUAUGAAGAAUUGUACUUAAUGUUAGAUAGUGAGAAGAUUGGAUAUUUGUGUGAAGAUCAAGUGUUAUUUUUGUUUUUUAGUUUAUUUUUAAUAGAGAAACCAAUAGAUAAUAAUAUUGAUUUAUAUGGAUGUUUCAAAUCAUUUUGGAUAGAAAUUCAAUAAUACAAUAAAGUAAUUUAAUAUUUAUGGAACUAGGUUUCCUUUCGAAUUUUGAAAUAGUUUUUGUUCAAACAAAACUACAAUUCUGUUAUUAUAAUAUAAAAUAUAAAUAGAAUUUUAACAAUGUUUGAACUGGAAAGUGUUCCAAAUAUUAGAUAUGAUAUUUUGAAGUAUUUAUCAGCAAAAUAUCAUUAUGAUAAUAUUGUUGAAAUAGCAGUAGAAUUAUUAAUAAAGUUACCAAUAGAAUAUGCAAAUGUGGAAAUAAUAAAGAAAGAAAAUGAGGAAAAUUUAUUCAUAUCCUCCUUUAUUAAGCUCUAUCAUUUAGCAAUUAUUAAGUAAUAAUUAAUUUAAUUUGAUAUGUAUUUAGAGAAAUUUAGAAAAUGUUUUAUGGGAGAUCAAAUUUAAUCACAAAUAUUUGAAUAAAAAGAGAGAGAUGAAAAUUGGUUUCAUAGAACUUUUAUAAAAAAUAAAUAAAGAGUAAAAUAACAACCAAAUUAACCUAAAACUAUAAAUGUAGAUUUAACAAUUUUUUCAAAAGAAUCUCCAACAAAAAAAAAGAAAAGAAAGGAAAUGUAUAAGUGA